GAGGGGGAAGGUAAGGCGGUGGCACUGCGAGGCUCGCACAUGGCGGCGAGGAGCGGAGUGCGUGUUCUGGAUGUGAUACCCUGACUUGGCAGCAUGGACAAGGAACAAGUUGUCAAACGUUUGUAUGUUGGAGGGCUUGGCCACACCGUGUCCAAGGCUGAGCUGGAAGAAAGAUUUGGCAAGUUUGGGCGUGUUUUGGAGGCAGAAAUUAUUACCAGAAAAGAUGAUCAGGGGAAUCCUAUGAAAACUUUUGCUUACAUCAGUGUUAACAUUUCUGAUGCAGAUCUGAAAAAGUGCAUGUCAAUUUUAAACAAAACAAAAUGGAAAGGGGGCACACUGCAAAUUGAGUUGGCCAAAGAAAGCUUUUUGCACAGGCUGGCCACAGAGAGGGAGGAAGCAAAGCUGCAGAAGGAAAAACCACCCAGAAAUGACCAAAUGUGUCUGCUGGAAUCGCUGAAAAAGACAGGAGUUGUGGACUUCCACAUGAGAGCAGUACCAGGUACAGAGGUGCCACAUCAUAAGAAAUGGGUCGUUGGAAAAUUUGGCAGAGUCUUGCCUAUCCUGCACCUUAGGAAUCAGCAAAAAAAUAAAGUGGUGAAAUACGACCCCUCCAAGUACUGCCACAACCUGAGGAGGCUGGAGGCAGACGAGGCCCAGGCUGCUCCCGUGUCCCAGCUCACCUGGAGGCUGGAGGGGGGAGAGGAGAGCAGGGAGCGCCGACGGGAAUUCCCUGCGCUGGAUUUGGAACCCCCGGAGAAGCGGAGGCGGCUGGGCAGCGACGCCCUGCGGGGAGCAGCUCUGUCCUCUGCACGUCCAGAACACACAGACUCACCACAGCCAGGCCAGAGAUCAAAACACAAACCUGGGGAGCAGCUGGAAGUGCCUGCAGCCAGGAGAAUGGAUGGGAAAAUACCAGGGAGAGGUUUAUUAUCAAAUCAGAGCAGUACUGGUGGAGUUACAGCCAAAAACAAUGUCACUGUUUCUGAUAGUGACAUUGAUUCUGAAGAGGAGAUCAGAGCAAUGGUGAAGAAAGAGACAGAAAGACUGAAAGCUGAAAAUGCUGAGACUGAAAGUGAGCACUUGGAAAUUGUUGGGGAUAAUUUUGAAUUAAAAUACAAUAGCCACUGGUCUUUAAACAAUUUGGAUGCCGUGAAGAAAGCUAGCAAAGGAAGUAACAAAGAGAAAGAGACUGUGGAGUGUGAUAAUGGUUAUGAUUCAGCAGAUACAGAUGAAAUUAUUGCUGAAAGUAAAACUCCAGAAGACUCUAAACAGGGGAAGGUGAAAAAUAAAGAAAUACUAGCUAAAAAAAAAAAAGGUUCGGUAAAUGGCUCCUCACUGAAAACAUGCAGUUUAAAAGAAAAUAUUGAAAGAAAAGGGAAAGUUAAAAAAUCCAGAAUUGCUGCCUUGCAGAGUACAGCAGAGACACGUGAUGGUGACAGCUCUUGCUCAGAGUCUGAGAAGGGGGAGUCUGAAAUCAGCUCUGAUUACGAGUCCAUGAUGCAGAACUGUUACUGCUUACACCUCACCUUGGAUGACCUGAAAGCACUGGCUACAGAAAGCACUGAGGCAUCUGCAGAGGGGUCAGGCAGUGAACACAGUCCUCAUCAGUCCAAGGAUAAGUCUGUAAAUAAACUAAAACUCAGUAAAUCUCACCCUGCAGUUAAAAAAAGCCCCAUCUGUCCUGAAGAUGUGCUGGCUGAUAUUUUAGCAGGGGAGGAGGAUGCUGUUGAGGAAAGCUCCAAGAGUCAAAAUAAUUCACAUUUGAAAUAUCAGCCCUUCAGAGGAAUGGGGUCCCUUUGUGUAAAAGAGUUAAGUAAGGACAGCACUGGGUUAAAGAAGAAGCCUGUAGAAAGUUUGGGACUUGAGGACUGUACAUCUUAUGGUGGGGAGGAGUCAUCUAAAAAUCAGCGAAAGAACCAUUCCUUGUGCUCACCUGAAGCCAGCAGCAAAAAGAGACAGGAGGUGUCUGGUGAACAGCACAAGGAAUUGUCAGCUGCUGCCUCCUCAGCAGGUCAGAGACUUCAGCCUGGUUCCAAGCCUCAUCUGCAAGGGAAGAACAAAGGAGUGAACUCUCUACGAGACCGAAAUUCAGAGCACAGAGCUGCUGCCAGUACUGACCAGGGUGGUGGGAGCAGUGACAGUGACAGUGACGCUGCAGGAGCCCAGGAACACAUUAAACAGCAACCAAAGAGCCCAAAACUGCCUUCCAAAACAUUAAAGAGGAAUACAAGCAAAAAAACUCCAGAAUGUGAAGGUAAUAAAGGUGAGAAUGAGAACACAAGCCUUGUGGAAGAUAAGGAGCUUUGUCUUCGUGGUGCUGCCUCAAAGGAGCCCAGUACAAUAGAGAGACAGCUCCAGGACAACCAGAGGAGGCUGGCAGCUCUGGAAGAGAGGCACAGAGAGAGGGAAUUACAGAAGAAACUCAUUCAAGGAGCUCUUUCAAAUCUGGACAGGCAGCCAGCAGGAAAGCACAAACACAUCAUAUUCGAUUCUGAUGUGGAAGAUGAAGCUGCAGUGGAUGAGAUGUUGAAAAAAGAUGCAAGUCUGGGAAAUGAGCAUGGAGAAGAUAAGGCAGCUCCCAAACCUUCGGGCAGACUGUUUGAUAGCAGUGAGGAUGAGCAAGAGGACACGGACGAGGAGCGAUUCAAAAUUAAGCCCCAGUUUGAAGGCAAAGCUGGUGAAAAACUCCUGCAGCUGCAGUCCCGCUUUGGCACGGACGAGAGGUUCCGCAUGGAUGCUCGAUUCCUGGAGAGUGACAGUGAGGAAGAAGCAGAGACAAAAAGCCCGAAGGCAGAUGAAGAAGAGGAGCUUGCAGCAGAGAAAAAGAAAAACCUGCAAAUACUGGGAAGCGUCCUGAAUAUCAACCUGGAGCAGCUCAAGCCAAAUAAAACAGCCUCGAGUGGGAAGAAAUUCAAAGAUAUGAAUGCCCUCCGUUACGAUCCAACAAGAGAGGACCAUGCAGUUUUUGAAAGGAAACCAAGUGCUACAGAGAAGGAGAGUAAAGCCAAAAAGAAGAAGAAAGAAGAGACUGAGACACUGCCUCGAGUGUCUGAAGAAGUCUAUUAUGAUAUUGCUGCUGAUUUCAAGGACUUGUUUGGAUCUUCAAAGAACAAACCAGAAAAGACUGAGGAAAUACCCUGGGACAAAGAGGAUGUGCAGGACUCGGCCCCAGAUGACCAUCAGGGACCUUUGCCUGAGAAUGACACAGCUCAGGAGUCGACUGUUUUUAAGUUUUCCUUCUUUGGAGACACAGAGGAGUUGGGCACCAAAGAAGAGCCUUAUGUACUUGGAACAAUAAAACCAGUGAAAGUCACGUGGCAAGAGGAUCCACGUUUCCAAGACAGCAGUUCUGAGGGUGAAGAUGAGCCUGAGACAUCAGAAAUGGACAAUGACCAAGAAAUGUUUCUUUCCUUACCACGCACAGAAACUGCCAGAUUCUUCUUCUUCUCCAAAGAUGAUGAACGCCUAAGAGAGGGCCCAAAGUUAUUUUGUAGAUCAGCAGAACUCAGUGAAGAAAAAGAGAGUUGGGAGGAAAGACGUAGAUUAUUGCUUGAGGAAUGCCGGAAGAAGCACAAGGAUGCCAAAAGAAAAGUGAGAGCAAAGCAAUAAAUUUUCUUUUACUGAUCAGAA